CCCACCACCACCUACCCAUGCAGCGGCUCGCGCCCCUGCCCGGCCAGCUGCGCGCGCAGCUAGACGCGGCGAGUGCGCGCCUGAGCCGCGCGCUGCACUCGCUCGUCUUCAGCUUUCCUAGCCCGGCGGCGGCGGGGAAUACUACCUCCGGCGCGGCGGCCUCGGUGAACGGCACCGCGUCGCCAAAGGGCAUCACCGCUGGCACCAUUCUGGACAACACCACCGACAGCAUCCUCUCGCAGCCCGGCGAGCCGCGCGCGUGGGCUGGCGGCGUGGGCCCGCUCAGCUUCGCUGGCAGCGGGUACGGCGUCGUCCUCAUCGUCAUUGCAAUCCUCCUCAACCGUAUCCACCACAUCGUGCAGCGUCCCCAGCACCCGCCCGCGCGCGCCGGCGGCGGCGGUGCCCGCGCGGCGCUCCAGGCAGCCAUCACCUCGCCGGGCAUGUCGACGGCGAUCCGCGUCCCCGCCGUCAUGGUGCUCGCGCGCGCGUGGGCGCUGUUCACAGUGCUCACGAUGCAGGUCGCCGACGUGUGGCCGCACGACGUGGUCAGUCGCUCGGCAGAGUGGGUCGCUGGCCUGCCUGCGCUUGUUAGGCCGGUCGCGGCGUACGGCGCGCGCGUGGCGGACCGGCUCGGCGCGUGGGCAGGCGACAAGCACAUGCAGCAGGUCUGCUGGACCGUCUUCCUGUGCGUGUGUGCUGCGCUCGUGUGCGGUGCGCUCGCCAACGGUCUCGAUCGCGGGCGCCGGCGUGACGUCGGCGCAGGCUUCAACUUGUUCCACUUCUCCUUCCUGCUCCACCUCUACUCGUCCCCUCUGACGCACCACAACCCCCCGCCGAAGGCAAACCACGGCCGCCCAGACGUCCACGCCCUGUUCCAGCUCUGGCUCGGCCUCACCGAGUUUACAUGGCUCCAGAUCAACGAACUCUCCCCCGUCCUCCGGCAGAACCUGCUCCUCCCCACCGGCGUAUGCGGCGUCCUCGGCCUCCUGCACUUUGUUCACGCCCUUACAAUCUCGCCACCGAGCCUGCCCUCCCUGUCCUUUGUGACGCACCUGCUGGCGCUGUUCCUCACGAUCAUCAUUUCUUGCACGGUUGUCCUCAAGGCCUUCACCCACAUCUUCACCCUCGGAUACCUCCCCUCGCCCAUCUGGAUCAACCUUCUCCCGAAUGAGGGCGCCGUGCCGUCCCUCGAGGAUGACUUUGGAGUGGCGCUCCUCAAGCUUGGCACGGCGUGCAUUGAAGCAACGUCAUACUCGGGAUUGAAGAACGAGCUUGCGCCCGUCGAAGAGGCCCGGCCCUGGCUCGAGCUCUCGGCGAACGGCUGCGACCAGGUCAACCCGGGCGCUGGUGUCGGUGGCUUCGGAACAGCCAUUACCGACAUUCAUGUCGCCGAGCUCCGCGACCCGAACGCUGACUCGCCAUUCUCCGACGCGCUUGCCAACUUUUGGAAGGCCGCUGCGGCCCUGGCAUACGACAUGUUCUUGGUCCUGCUGUCGACGCCCAUCGGCAGGAGGAUGUUCUUGUUGACGGUCCGCACGUGGCACGCCCGGUGGUGGUACGGUCCUCGGUCAUGGCGCUUCUGGCGCCGCGAGGCCUGGGCCGCGCCCCCGCCCAACCCAAUGGGCAACGGGUUUUUGACCAUCCUCAUGAACUCGCUUGUUGUUGGUUCCCAGCGCCGGGAGCCACGCCUUUUCACGGCGCCACCAUCACGUGCUUCUCGCCGCCCAACGCCCGUGCCCGACGAGUACACCUUUGAUCAGGUGCUCCGUGGCGAGGUUGUCAUCGAGGAUGACGAGGACGAGUGGGCGGCUCAGACCGUGGUCGAUGACGAGGAGGGCUGGGAGAGCGAUGCUGGCGAGCCAUCAUCAGCCGUGGCUUCUGACGACGAGGACGACGACCAGACGGGUUCGCUCUUCCGCGACCUCGUGGUGAGAGACAACACGCCAGACCCAGAUCAGGCGUCACUUCAACCCAUCUUGCUUGCACACCUGACGUCGACGGGUUCGCCACUUACGCGAAGGCGAUACGCGGCAAUCCUCGGAUCGGGCGGCGGCGCGUCUGGAUCGGCCUCGGGCCCCUCGACACCGACACGACCAGGCGCUGGCUCCCUCCACGACAUUGUGCUCACGCGCCGGACGCAAGCGUCGGCUCUGGCCACGCCACAGCAGACCGACGAGUGGGCCGACGAGCGGCGCCACACGUGCGUCGUUUGCAUGGUGCAGCCGCGCGACGUUAUUCUGUGGCCGUGCCGUUGCCUCCUCAUGUGCAACGACUGCCGCGAUAGCUUGGCGAGUAGGCUGUCGCCGACGGACCACAACUGCCCCAACUGCCGUACAAAGGUGGACGGGUUCAGCAGGAUCUAUGUGCCGUAGGAGAGAGAUAGAGUGUAUGUCAUAGUGCGUAU